GGUGCCUGGAGGGGGCGGGGCCGUUGUGGGCGCAGAGGGGCCUUGGGUCCCGGAAGGUGAGGAGCAACCCCAUUUCAGAAAUAUCCAAACAUUGGAAGCAAUGUGUCCGCCGAGAUGUGCAGCUGGCAAGCCCAGGAGCCUUGUCGGGGAGCCCCCCUCCCUGCGCCCCCUCCCGCCUGGACCCUGGUGGCUGGAGAGCAGCGGCCACGGGAGGUGGUGGUGGGGGGGAAGAAUUAGGCCCUACACCUUGGGGGACCGAGACCUGUCUUUCUUGCUGGGGGGUCCCUCCCGGGUGGAUGGAGGGACGACAGAAGCGUGUGUCUGUCAGAAUGAAGGUCGGGGCCACGUCCCUGGGGAGAGUGCUCCCAGGUGCAGGCUGCUACAAGAGUCCUGGGUCCUGGGUACUUGUCACGGCCUACGACGCCUGACCACGGGGGGCAGAGUGGGCGGGCGGGGUCCCCAGGGAGGCCCACCCCAUGGCCAGGGCUCCUCUGCCUCUCAGGGUCGGGGAAGGUGGAAGUGUGGUGCCUCCAGGAAGACCCGGCCCCACCCCACCCCGCGGCCCCUCUGCCCCCCUGGCCCAGCAGAGCCCUGCGUGUCCUCCCAGCACGCUGACUGGCCUCCAGCAGCCACACGCUCCGGCCACCUAAAGUCAGAUGAGCAGCACCCCCAGGGGCUGCGGGGACCUGGGGGGACCUGGGGGGAUCUGGGGGCAGGGAGCACUGGCGGGGGCUGAGCCCUGCGUGUGGAGGGAGCUGGGACAGCAGGCCCACGUCUCUGCUCCCGCCAGUCCCCAGGGCCGCAGGACCAGGGCAAGGCGCUGACCGCUGGGAGCCCUGGUUGCCCCUCUGCACGAGGGGGUGCCAGCCCCUCCGUCCCUGCCAACCCCGCGGCGCUACUCUCCAGCCCGCCCCCUGGGCAGGUGACCCGAAGCAGCAGCAUUAGGUCUGCAGCGACCCCCUGGGGCCACCAGCCCUUCAGGACCCAGGAGCUGCGACCAACAGCAAUACUCCUCCCGGAUGUGGAGGCUGAAGUGCGGAGGGGCCAGCAGGGCGGCGACUCCCUGCCGCCCCCGGGGCAGCCGCCUCCUGCUCCUGCUGUCUCCGUGGCCGCAGCACCGCACACGCCCUCCACCCGGCGUGUCCCCUUCUCUCCCAAGGACCCUGUGGUCGGGUCUCGGGACCAUCUGAUUAGUCCAGGAUGAUCGCAUCGCACGGUCGUCCACUCGUUACGUCUGCAGCCCUGUUCCCCAACAAGGACCUGGUUGGGGGUCAUGGACAUUAGCACGAGGACAUGUUUUUGGGGGGGCUUCUGUUUGAGCCAUCUCAGCCCCAGGACUCCUCCCGGGGUCCCAGCCGCCCGGCCCCUGCCCGUCCAGCCCCCCCGCCCCUGCACCCAGACCCCAGCCUGGGGACCCCAUGGAGGAGCCGGGCGGGCGGCCUGGGCGAGGGCCAGGCAGCUGGGGGGCCCCGGCGGACGCCACCUGCUGCCGGGCGGAUCUUCUCAACAGCCUCCUUGCGGCUUAUGGGGCGGCCACCCGGCCAGGGACCCCCCCGCAUUGCCGGGGCUGGUGCCUCCUCGCUCGCUUACUUCUCCUCAGUGGGACCGUAGACGCUUUAUGUUUGAUGCACUCAUCGGGUGAGAAACAAAUGUGCCCUGGGUCCCCAGGGUCCCCAUCUCCGGGGGCGUCCAGAUGCCGCCGAGGGGCCCAGACCAGGGCGGGGGGGGGACACUUGGGGUGCACGCGGGACGACCCAGGGCAGUGGCCCCUGAAAAUCCCAACCAGUGACUUCCAGAAAUGCCGGUGACCAGACAUAAGGGCCAGCCCACAGCGAACCCGGGGAGCGGACCCCCUUUCCCCACUCACACGAGAGGCGAGUAGGCGGCCCCCAAACCCAGGAUAUUUCUGAUUGCGGCCUCGCGAGGAGCCUGGGAGGACAGCGCGUGUUUGCAACGGGCGGCAGUGGCUGCGCAGUUGGCAAAGCGCGGGGAGCCCCACGCUCAGGAGCGAAGCAAAUCCCAAACACACGUUUUUGUAAAUCCCCCUGGGCUCGGCCUGGGGACCCCAAGCAACGAGAGGUUGCGGGGUGACAGGUAGAGAAUCUGAGGGUUCUGAGGGCUGGCAGGUGCCGGGGCACAGACUCAGCCCCGGGUGGGCGGGCGCCGGGGAGAUAGGAAGCUGCCCAGAGGAGCUCCCGCGGGGGGUGGGGGGACACGGGGACGGGACAAAAGAAUAAAAGUGUCGUUAUUCAGGGCACAGAGGAAGAUCUGAGGAGUCGGGAGCUCUGAUCCGCGGGUGGAGGACUCAGGGGGCCACGAGGGAAACCCGCCGAGAUGAACUGCAGGACCCCAACGCCAUUUCCAUUGGGAGCCCCGCGGACCAGCGGGUCUUGACCAGUGGACCCCCAGCCUGGGUGCCCGGAUGGGGGCCGGGAGUGGCCACACCCUGUGCAGAGGGGGCGACGGAGGACCCCUCACCUGGAUGUGGGGCCUCCCCGCCACCUGCCGUCCUUGGGGCACCUGUGGUGGGCAAGCGGGAGCGGGCGCCGUGCCCCCGGGGGUCUGGCUGGAGCCGCCUCGUGCAGCCCCGUGGACCAGGGUGACAUGGGCUGGGGGUCAGGUCAGGCCCGGCCCCGGCGGGAAAUGAACCGGUGUGGACUCUGUCAAGGGCAAGCGUGUCGUCUGUGCUGAUUGACCGGCGGCACCCCUGGGGGGUCCAGCUCGGCGGCCUCGGGUGGGCCCUGGUGCGGGAGCAGGGGCGCCCCGGGACCCGUCCGGCCAUGAGGGAGGUACUGCAGGGUGUGUCAUGUGUUUUAUCGCUCUUUGCAAACUGUGUGCUGUGUGUGUUUGUCUCCAUUACAUUGACGGUGAAGUGGCUGCGCGUCCGUACCCGCGGACCGUUGUGAGUUGCGGGGUGACCCUCGCACGGAGGGGGAAACGGGGACUUGCAGGGGAUGCACGGAGCAGGCCGCGGACACACAGCACCGACCGCCCGGCGCUCACGGGGCUCCCAGCUCCCAGGAGGCCUCGGUGGCCGCGGCCACUCUCCGUGCCUCUCCGAGGGAUGUCUGGAACGUCGCGUGAUUUGAAAGUGGCGUCAGACCGAGGCGCCCCCUCCCCCGUGUGGCAGGACCUGCCCUCCCCCCCUCCGUGGGAAGGCCCCAGGGCUGUGCCCAGAUGUGUGCGCUGUGUCCCCGGCCCGCAGUCCCUGCCAGCCUCCCACAGGGCCCUGAGCGCGGUGGCGGGGGGGGGGGGGCAAGUCAGCACCCAGGGCAAGAGCAGCCCCCCCACCCCCUCCCCCAUGCUCCAGCCCUGCUGCUAAGCCACAGCCCAGAAUCGAUCCCAUUGUAAUUGGGACUUGGAAGAGGUUUAAUAUUUAACUGGAUUAAAUAUUUAAACAGGAGGAGAUGACAGGUGCACGGCAGCCCCCGGGAGAGGACGGCAGCCCCCGGGAGAGGACGGCAGCUUCUACAGUUGGGGGGCAGCCCCCGCCCCGGGGAGGGCGCGCCUCCGAUACCUGCCUUCCGGAGAUCAGGGCAGGCCAGGGGUUUCCUGCUCUCCACCGGCUGGGCGGACCGAGGGCCUCUCCGGUGCCCUAUUUAUUGAGUGCCAACUGUAUGCCCUGCAGGGCCGGGGGGAUGAGCCUGCCCUGCAAACACCCCCGGGAGGCCUGGAGGGGCUGCCUCCUUCGGGAAGCCUGCCUGGACUGGGCCAGCUCCCCAUUACUCAUGCCAUCCCCCCCAGCACGUCCCCUGCACCAGCGUCAUUUGUAAGGAUGUCUGUUAGGCCCAGUUUGGCUCCAGAGGACGGGACGCCGUAGGGACAACUGCACGGCUGUCUUCAUGGGGCGUGCAGUCAGCUGGACACCUGACCUUGACCCUGGGGCUCCCCACGCAGCACAGGUGGCCUGGCUGGGGGCGCGAGGCUGCGGGGGAGGCCCUGCUCCCCACUCUCCGGGGGCAGUCAGGGCACCGUGCCCUGGGAGGGCACAGGUCCGUGUCACCCCAGUCAGGAAGGCUGCCUGGGGGUCGCUCCCCAUCCAGCUCCCCGUGGGGCUGUCCCUUGUCCUGAGGCCCCAUCCCCUCGUCUGUGCCCCACAGUCAUGGGGCUGCCUCCCCGCUGGUGUGAGUCUAAAUCCCCUCCUCCUAUGAGGACACCGGCCGGGCCGUGGGUGACAGCCGACCCCAACGACCUCAUCCUAACCCCACUGUCUACAAAGACCCUGCUUCCAAGUAAGGUCCCCCUCGCAGGCACCGGGGAGUGAAGACGAGGACUAUGUUGGGGGGACACAUCCACAUCCACCCCAUUGCCAGGGGUCACCUCCGCGAGGAUGAGGGGCUCAGACAGGUGGGCAGCAGGCAGCCCCAGCCCCUCAAGAGCCCCCGCUCGCCAGUCCCUGACUCCAAGCUGACAGACGACACUGAGGUGGGGGGCAGGUGGGACAUGGGAACGCGCUGGGCAGCAGAGGCCCCCCAGGUGGUCAGAGACGGUGGCCUGGGCCCCACCUGUCCUCAGGAGCCAAGAACAGGGACAUCCUUGCUGACUCUCAUUGUUCUUCCUUCCACACUUUGGAACAUUUGCCCCGCUCCUGCCCCCCGAAAGCACCGGCGAAGCGGGUGGGGCUGUUCUAGAAUGCCCAGGUGCUGACACCUCCCCGACUCCCGCGCGGGGAGGGCGUCCUGGGCUGGGCUCUGGGAGGGACAGGACGGCCAGGCAGGGUGCAGCCCCCGGCCACCUGGCCACCCACAGGGCUCACGGGGCCUCCGGCGGGGUCGGGAAAGCCAGCGCAGGGCCCGGGGGCCUCAGGCUGUGUCCUGGCGGGCGGUGGGGCGCAGGGAGGCCAGGCCAGGCCGUUUCCCACCCAGCACCCCCCCCGGGGCCUCGCUGCACCGCAUCUGUGCAAUGUCAGCUCCGUGCGGGAGGAAGUGAGCAGGGCGGCCGGGCCCUCGUGAUGUCUUGCAGACCCCAGGAACCCAGAGAGACAGAGCCCAGGGUGACGACGGUGUUCCAGGUGGCCCCGGGCUUCCUGACGGAGCCUCGUCCUCGUGGGGGCGCUCCGGAGCAGGCAUGCGCUCCCACCCGAGCCUCAGUUUCCCAGACUGUGAUGCCAGCCAGGGGCACCGAUGCCCGACUCUGGACUUCCUGCUGCAGAGGACGUGGCCCGGCUCCCUGUUCUGGUCUGCUGGGCUCGAGGGGGCCCCCAGCCACUGCUGCACAGGUGACCAGAUGGAUGGACAGAUCCUGGCUCACCUGGGAAACCCUAGAACCGGUGCACUCACAUAUAAGGUCCCGUGGGACCCUCUGGCUGGGUUAAAGCCCAAACCUGGGGGCUUCCCCGGGGACCCUGGUGGGCCUAGUGUACCCUCAGGGGGCAGCUGCCUGCAGGGCCACGGGGGUCCCAUGGGAGAGGCACGUGGGGGUGUUGUAUGGGGGCCCCUGCUCUUCUGGGGGGGCUGGCCCCCUUCUUCUCCCUGGUGGACGGACGGAGGACACCAGGACAGCGUCCGGAGCAAGCUGCUGGCUAGGCAUCUGUCACCAGGGCGCAAGCUCCAGCUCACCUACGUCAGAGUGUCCGCCCGGUCCCUGACCACCCAGCCCUGGCCUGGCUCUUCCCUGGGGCCAGUGGACCACUGGCCGCACCCCGCCGACGCCUGUCUUGAGCCCCUCUGCCCCCCAGCCCUCUCGCCCUCUCUGGGACCCCAGCCUGUCUCCCCGCUCAUGCUGGGGGAGUCCCCUCCAUGCCCCAGGGGCCUGGAUCCCCGCAGAAGCACAGGCCUGGGCGCGACAGGGAACUCACCAGAGGUGCUGAACAGGUGGUGCGCUCACCAGCUCAGGAACAUGCAGUUGGCCCCGGGGGGCCCCGGCACGAGGGGGUGGUGGGGACGGCGGACCCAGACACCAGCCCCUCGCUGGCCGGCCUUCUGCCUCUGGACGGUCCCACCUGGCCACCUGGAUGUGGACGUGGACAGAGAGGCCCGGGGGGGACGCGGAGCUCCAGACUCUGCCCGGGACCCAAGGGGCAGCCUGCCAGCAGGGAAGCAGGACCCCUGCCAGCUCUCGUUCAUGGGGACCAUCGGGCAUUGAUAGCCCCCCGAAGGUCAGAGGGCUACCAUGAAGCUCAGGGUGGGCGCCCUCUGGCUCGGUCCUCACCCACCUCCUCCCCCAGAUGGGUCCUGGGCGUCUGUGAGUCAUGGCACAUGUGGCCCAAUCCCAAAAUAAAAUAUUUGGAUUCGAGGA